AUGUCUACCAAGAAGAAACAGCCGCUUCGCCCACUUCCGCAACUACCGGCCACACCUCGAUGGGCUCCAUCAACUCCCCACGCGCUUCGAGCUUUGCAGCAGAGGAGCGGAGGCCGGCGCAAAAGUGCCAAUGUUAAUAGACCCGACUCCGCACGCCAUAUUCUCCGUCAGCUCGCAAGGAUUACGGCAGCUCAGACGAACCGCAGGACUUCGACGCCUAUGGUAAAGCCGUCUACGCCGGUGGAGAAGGAAAAUGUAUACAGUCCAUUCAUAUCACCCGACGACGAAGACCUAGAAAACGAGCAAGGAUUGGAAAGACCAGAUUUUACAUUACCGAUUGAGGAGGUGGACGAAGGUGAAGAUGUUGGCAUAGCGCCAACACAGCACGAACUACCGGGUGGAGAAGAUUAUACUUUCAAGUCAAUUGAUUUUGCAGCACAACAACCUAGAGCACCUACCAGCAUUCGAUCGGAAAGAACGCGGAGAUCUUCCCGGUUCUCGAUUCUGCCAUUUCCGGAAGAAGAAGAUGGCGAAGGCGACCUCACAGCUCAGAGCAUCGAGUAUGGCAGGAGAGCUGUUAGCGAAGGGCCUGCCUGGGAUAGAUAUCCACGAAGCAGCUUCGGCAGUAUUAGGAUGAGCGAGUUUGGUCUCGAAGGAAGUAGAUCCGGCAAAGAGCCGGAGACGGAAAAGUCUUUCAUGCUUGAUGGUCAUCAUGCAGACAUGCAUGCCGACGCAGGGGAGGAUAUAGAGCUUGAGGACAAUGAAACAGAAAAUUUGCAACGACUUCGGAGAUCGAUUUCUGAACCAGUAGAUGAUGGACUCUUCGUAGCUGAUCCGGGAUUCUUAGAUGAUGACAACACAUUUAGACUCGAUUUUGACCAAGACGAGCCCAGGAGUGAUAGGUUCAUCCCAGUGGUAGAACCUGAAGGUGGUGAAGUCUCUAAGUCAAUGGAAGAGACCGGACCUGCAGAUUCCUCCCGACAGUUCCCAGAUCCAAUGCCUCAACAUUCUCCUGAAACCACUCGACAACUGACAGAAAUCGAAGCGGCGGCGCCGACGCGUGCUCCUCGGCGGAAGAAGUUGAAGCUGACCAGGAAGGGUCACACUGUGCCAGCUCUGCCAUCGAGCCUCAUCAAGAGGGUAGCCAUCGACUCAAUGACAAGGAUAGGCAAGAAAAAGCCUGUCAUUAGUCGAGAAAGCUUGACGGCACUUGAACAGGCAUCUGAGUGGUUCUUCGAGCAAGUGGGCAUGGACCUCGAAGCUUAUUCGAAUCAUGCGAAAAGGAGGAAGCGCAUCGAUGACACGGAUGUCUUGACCCUUAUGAGGCGACAGAGAAUGAUUGGCCGAGGGCAGAGUCUUGCACAAUUGGCUGAGGAACUUCUUCCUGAUGAGGUUUUCUUGGAUCUAGACCUGCCGGAUGAGGCUUGA